AUGAGGGAAUAAAACGAGUCAACUUUUGCAAAUUUUUUGUAGUUGCAUUUUGACCUGCAUUGAUUUACAUACAAGGCAAAGCAUCACUGCAAAAAAUGGGGAAGAAGAAUGAUAAGCACCGAAAGCGACCUGCCCCCUCACCCCCGUCGUCAGGACUAGAGCCAUCCUUACAUCCCACGCCUGGAACUGCAACUGUGGUCAAAAGUGUGACCUACUGUAACGACUUUGAAUUCAUCCCAGGUCACGGCACUCUUGCAAAUAAGGGUCCACUCCAAAAUGUGAAAGCUAAUUUUAAUGGGAAGGCCAGCUUUCCAGACACGCCACCUCAACAAAUGGCGACACCUCAACCGCAACCCCCACCAAUGAAACGAUUCUGUCCUACGGGUGGUGGUUCCUACUGUUCAAAUUCUUGCAAUUGUAGUCGCAACAAGGAAACAUUCUUCGCUGCAGGACGAGGACCAGGAUUUGGGAACGGGAUUUUCAACACGGGUGCACCCGUGCAAACUAGUAGUGCUUUCGCUUCCGGUGAAAGCAAGACUCAACAUCCCAUCGUGCAUGCGAAUCAACCCGAUCCCAAAUCUGAGAAUGAUGAAGGAUGGAUAAGCUACAUUUGGUCAUUUUUCUCGUCUUCAUAAACCAAAACCAAAACGGACUACAUCAAAAAAGAUGAGAAUAAUAGAUCACAAAUUCAUGCUUAUUAAAAUUUUUAGGAUGGAUUUGGUAUUUUUCUCCUCUUCCUAAAAACAUAUCGCAUCAAAAAUAACAAUACUUCAACCACAAAUUCAUCAUUAUCAAAAUUUUUAUUGUUUGUAAUAAAUAAACUCAUUUGAUUUCAUCUCA